UACACUACCACAGGGGGCUGUAACUAGUGCGAGUUGGAAGCGCAGAUGAAUCCUCCCGGCAUCUCUCAAUAUAGACUCUGUUCCCAGUGUCACUACUAGGAAGGAGAUUUGCAACAUCUCUACCAGGAGGAGAAAAUGGCUAGUAAAAGAGAUGGCCUGAAGGGCAAAACAGUUACCCUCCAAAUGGCAAAGAAUGCCAUCAAGGAGUCUUCAGGUGGCAAAAAGAGACUAGUUUUGUCAAACCUGGGGAUUAAAGAAUUCCCCAAAUGCUUAAAGAAGCUGACAUCCGAGGUAGAAGAGCUAGAUAUAAGCCGUAAUUAUAUAAAAAAGUUGCCUGACUGGAUCCAGUCUUUUAAAAGUCUGUGCUGGCUGGAUGUACAUACUAAUCACAUAGAGGCCCUUCCAUCAGCUAUAGGGCAACUAAAACAGCUAUCGUAUCUGAAUCUCAGCAACAACAACAUAACAGAAAAAGGAAUACCUGCUGAAAUUAGCCAACUGAAAAACAUCAGAAAGCUAAACCUGGGCCUCAAUAAGAUAAGUGUUUUGCCGCCAUCACUAGAAGCUCUCACUCAGAUGACAGAAUUAGGCCUUUUUGACAAUUAUCUAAAAGAAAUACCUCCUGGCAUGUUGAAGAUGCCCAAAGUAAAAAUAAAUUUAAAAGGAAACCCGAUCCCACCUGCAGAACAAAAAGAGGCAGAAGUGGAAACGAGCACCAGAAAUAAAGAACUGUAUCUGGUGCCAAGAGAGGACCUGUGCUCUGCAUGUUUAAGCAAAUCUGAAAAAAAUAAAACAAAAAUUAAAAACUUAAUUGGAAUGUGCAUACCGAAUUCCAUCCGGCGCCGUUUUAACUGAAUAAAUAAAAGCAUUAAUCAUC